AGAGUGUUGUAUUUGAGGCGGGCUCAUAUUAUUUCUUAGUGCUAUCGACCUGCUUUGAAUAUCGUCACGCGAAUAGGUAUCGUGUGACGCAGAUUAUCUGUCCUAGCAAUGUCGAAGAAGGACGUCUCUUUCAUGUCCUCGACAAGGGAACAUAGCGAAACAAUGGGGCCACGUUGUACUGUCGGUCUUUGCUUCACCUGCGUUUCACCGCAUGCUCGCCAUCAGUUCAGAACUGAUAUAUACACGAUGCUAUGCACGACCCGAACCGUCCUCAAAGCCGACGAAAAGAGCCAUAUGGACUCUUGUCCCACAACAUGACUGGGGUGAAUCAUGCCCAAUUGGGUGAAGAAACUGAAUCCCAUGUGUCGGACGAUCUUCGCACUCUCCCCUUCUUCCGCAUGUCGAUUAUGUAUCAAUCACCGAUCUGCCUCUGCUUAUUUCACAGGCCUCCACAACUCGGUCUGACAAUCCUCAUCAUUACAAACGA